ACACCGGCGGGGGCCUUCGGGCCUUCAGCGGGACGCCUCUCCCAGGGUCCUUCGGUGGUUGCGUAGCAGCUGCCGGAACGCGGCAGCCUGGGAGCGGAGUGGGCGUGGAGGGAGGCCUGUGGGAUCUGUCCGGUGCGUGGUGUCUCUGGUCUUUCCAGCUCUGACGCGGGACCGCGCUCAGCCUGUGUCGUUCGCUUCCGAGGCUGCCGGUGGGCCCUGGCGGAGGGGAGGGAAGGAGCCGGAAAAUUCCGGCUGUGUAGAGCGCGUUUGCUGGGCGUGGUGGGUGCCUAGAAGUGUUUGUCGAAUGAAAGAGAGUGUGCACCCUGGAUCGCGACGACGGCGACAGCCACUGAAGGUGUCCGAACGUGGAGCGACAGCCCAGUGACAGACCCAGUGGCUGGGCUUCUCUUGCAGCCAGGAACCAAUGGCAGAGGACAGAACCAAACCCCAUGAGCUGGACCACGAAAAGUAUGAUGCUGACAACAGUGUGAAGAUCAUCUGCCUGGGGGACAGCGCCGUGGGCAAAUCCAAGCUCAUGGAGAGAUUUCUCAUGGACGGAUUUCAGCCGCAGCAGCUGUCCACAUAUGCCCUGACUCUGUAUAAGCACACAGCCAAUGUGGACGGCAAGACCAUCCUCGUAGACUUUUGGGAUACAGCAGGCCAGGAGCGGUUCCAGAGCAUGCAUGCCUCCUACUACCACAAGGCCCACGCGUGCAUCAUGGUCUUCGAUGUACAGAGGAAAGUCACCUAUAAAAACUUGAGCACCUGGUACGCAGAGCUUCGAGAGUUCAGGCCAGAGAUCCCGUGCAUCGUGGUAGCCAACAAAAUCGAUGCAGACCUACAAGUGACCCAAAAGAGCUUUAAUUUUGCCAGGAAAUUCUCCCUGCCCCUGUACUUUGUCUCAGCUGCUGAUGGUACCAACGUUGUAAAGCUCUUCAAUGAUGCAAUUCGAUUAGCUGUAUCUUACAAGCAAAAUUCCCAGGACUUCAUGGAUGAGGUUUUGGAGGAGCUUGAGAACUUCAAGUUGGAGCAGAAAGAGGAAGAUACACCAGACCAACAUCAGAGUGGCCCAAUCAAGGACCUGUCCCUCUCCUGAUCAGAGGGCAGCCUGUGUGGCUGAUGUAGGAUCUGACUUGGGAAUACCCUGCAGCUCUGAAUGGAGAACCUCUCCAAGCCAUGCCUACUCAGCCUCCUACUGUCCCACCUCUGGUGCAGGAUGAGGUCAGCACCAGCACACUGCACAAGCAUAAAGUCCUUCCUGAAUUAGGGGUUGGUGUCUUUCACACCACCCUGCCCAACCCGGCCAACAGUGGAGAGAAUCCAGAAGUGUCUCUUUAGUAAAUAGACUUUCAGAUGGCUGGACUGUUUUCUUCCCAAAACUGAUCUCAGGGACUAUUCCUCAUACCUGUGCUAAGAGAAUAAUUACUUAUCCCUAGUUACACCAGUUCCCCACUGCAGGAUGUGUGAGGCUCGGUUCUCUUUCCCCUGUAGCUCUAACAGCAACUAUUUAAAAGAUGUUUUCAAGCAGA